AUGAACAACAAGGCACCAUUACGACAUCCUUCCCUGAUCACACACCUUUGUGAGAUAGCUGGAGUGAAUAUUUCUACACCGCUAGUGGAGAGGCCAAGGAAGGCAAUUGUUGAGGCCUAUUAUAGACAGUAUUGUGGCGGAGAUGAAGCAGCUCAGACCGUACCACCACGUCAGUCUUCUAGAAGGACAGGACCAUCACAAGCACAUGCACUGCCUCAUGAUGCAAAGCCUUUUCAUAUGAGGGACAUGUAUAUGUCUUUGAUGGAGGACAGGUUACAGUCUAUCCAUAGAGGGCAGGCUAGUGGAGCUAGAGCAGCUAAAGCUCCACCUAUGGAUGACGAUGAUGAGGAUAAUGAUGAUGACUUUGAAGAUGCUGAAGAAGAAGAAGGAGAGGAGGAAGAUUCGGAUGAUAGCAUGCGUUGA